ACAAACUAAUAAUGUGCAAGUGAAACGUAAAUUGAAGAAAGGAAAUUCCAUGGAUUACUCCGCUCAAUACCAUCAGGUUGCAUCUCAAUCCACUGAUCCUUCUUCUCAAAUCCAACAAGCAUAUGAUCCAUCAUCAUCAUCAACAUAUCCUCAAUACCAAUACAACCCACAACAACAAGCCCCAUCUCAAUCAACUGACCCUUCUUCUCAAAUCCAACCAUACGAUCCAUCAACAUAUAGGGCACCUCAAUCUACAGACCCAUCUCAAGUCCAACCAUACGAUCAAUCAACACAGGCUGCUUACUAUGCAGCAUAUCAUCAAGAUUACAAUCAACAACAACAGUACCAAUACUCAUCAUACUAUCCUCAAGACUAUUAUUCAAAUCCCUAUCAAUACCAGGCUGAACCCACUUCAAUUCACCCACCUGGGGUUCCAAUUACACCCGUUUCGGAUCCUUAUGCCACACAACAGCAACGCCAGUAUUCGUAUUACCCUCAACAACAAGGAGUUAAUUAUGGGGAGGUUGCUAAUGUAACAAUGCCCCAUGUUUCCCAUACACCUGCGAUUGUACAAUCUCCGUAUAGAGGUAAAGGUAAAAGGGUUGGCAAACCCUAUAGAGGAGGUGGCCAAGGCCAUCUUGGUGGUGCACAACCAAAAGGUUUUCAAGGAGCAUCACAGAUCCAAGGAGGCCCGUCCAAAGUUAAACCUCCAUCAUCUGUCCCAGGUAAUUCAGCUUCUGUCGGGCCACCUCCACGUAUGGUUUCGUGCGAAAUCUGUAAGGUUGAAUGCAACACGCCUGAAGUUCUUGAACAGCAUAAGAAUGGCAAGAAACAUAAAAAGAACCUUAAAGCCUAUGAAGAGAGACAGAAACUGAACCAGCGGAUGGAUGGAGCGCAUGGUCACCAGACAACGCCAACGGUUUCUUACCAGCCUGCAGUUGAGGGAUCUGGGCAGCUGCCACUGGGGCAUUUGCCUUCCGAGACUGUAACUGGAGACGGACAGCUGCAGCCCCAGGAGAAGUUCCCACCUCCCGCUGUUAUAGAAGGAGAUGGUAGUAUAACCGAGAAACAAAAGGUUGAAGAGACAGCUCCUGUGGAUCAUGUUCAAGGUCAAGGGCGUGGAGUCAAGCGCAGUUUAAGAGGUGGUGGGCGAGGUGGUAAAUUGAUGAAGUUGCAGAAUGGCUCAAGAAAACCUUCUGUGGUACCCCCUAAGCCCCAAAAAAUGGUUCCUUUAAUAUGUGAACUGUGUAAUGUAAAGUGUGAAUCAGUGGUUGUUUUCCAAAGCCACCUGGCAGGAAAGAAACACCUUUCAAAUGUUAAGGACUUCCAAGGCCAACAACAAAUGGUUGGACAAGCUGCUCUCCAAGCAUUAUACCCGGCCUUGCAGGCUCUUUACCCAGCACUUCAGGCAUUAUGCCAACCGAAUACUGGUGCAUCAGCUUCUGUCGCUCCUCAAGGUCUUCAUGAAAUACUGGGGAUUUUGACUCAACAAGCCCUUUCUGCUAUCCCUCAAGAUCAAUUAUUGGCCAUUGGAGCAGGAGCAACUUCGGCGUUUACUCAACAAGCCCUUUCUGCUAUCCCUCAAGAUCAAUUAUUAGCUAUUGGAGCAGCAGCCACUUCGGCAUUUCCUCCACCUUCAGAUUUGUUGACUCAGGACCGCCAAGGUUCCCAAGUACAAGGUUCAGGAUCAGAGAAUGCCGCUGCGGAGUAUGGCAGAAAUUCUGAACUUCCGGUUCUACAGAAUACUGUGUCUCAACCAGAAGAGAACACUGAUAAUAAAAAUGAAAAUGUGAACUUAGAAGUUGAGAGAAAAGUUAUGUCUGUUGAAGAACCAUUGAGGUUUGCUGCUAGCGGGGGUGUGCCUUCUACAUCAGGAGCAGUGAAUGCAGCUGUUUCAGUUUCAAACAGUGAAGUAGUGUCAUCAGAUUGCGCUGCCCAUUCUGGAUUAGAUGGGAAAUUGGUUAACUAGAGUCUCUAAUUCUUCAAUAACUAAUGAAGUGGUAGGCAAGAUCGCAAGAGGGUUUACUAUAUGUGGUUAAACUUUCUCUUUUGGAAAAAGUGGACAGCUUUUCGAAGAAUGUAGGUGCAGUGGUGGCGUUCAUUCCUUUUCCUUACUCUUGACAUAAAUGCGGAUCUAAGAACACUUUGAACUAUUUAAGCCAACCAUUAGAUUUUAUUUGAUGGUUUUGGAUUCGUC